AUGUCUUGCCACGGCGCUGCGCGAGUCGCAUACAGCCUCCUACUCACAGCUCAGCAGGUUACGGGACUCCUGUGCCGAGCUCCCCUAGUCAGAAUCAUGAAACUAGAGAAGGGCCAGAAUCUCAACUUCACGCUUCCCGAGGGGACAACCAACCAUGGCGAUCCUCAUCUGCUCUGUUUCCCCGCGACGUGGAACAGCAUUGCUGUUUUCAUGAUAGGCAACUAUCUUGCUCUCGCAGCAACCGUCAAGACGCCGCCGGCAAGCUCGCCCUUUGCAACCGCAUGGAUCAUGCUGGGGGCGCUCCUCGUGCCCUCAACGGGCCUCGUCUUCGGCAUGUCGGCCUUCUACCAAGCCAGAAAGGGCCACGGAGAGUCAGGGCUGCGAAAGGCCACUCUGGAACGCGCGCUCUGCAUUAUUUCGUUUGACCUGACAGCCCGCCAUGUGUUCUGCCUGAUGAAGGCAGUUGACAACAACAACGACGACGACGACGACGACGACGAGCAACAGUCGGAAGAAAUGCAGCCGGUACCUGAAGAUGUAUCGUUGUCGGACAGUACGGCUGUUGGGCAAGGCGGGAGCCAGCAGCCGACCGAAACGGCCGUCAUUUUCACCACGCGGGCGUCUAAUCUAGUCAACCCAGACUCUGAAAUAUACGUCGAACCCCCGCCUGUUGCAGGAUACGUGCUGGCCUACAUGCCGGUCGACUCGAUUGUAGAUCCUGUUGCAGAACCCUGCCCCGGGCUGAGGACUCUGGGCUUGCUGACCAAAAGACGAAACGCAACCAAAAGCUUGGUUGCGCUCCUGCAGCUCUGCUUCUCUGUUUUCGUCCUUGCUCGGGCCCGAGGGGACCAGGUCGCCUUGUAUGGCGUGGCGGCUUUUUCUCUCAGUGUCGCCCCCUACGCCGUCAUGGCUGCCGUCAACCUGCUUGCCAACGCGUUUGUCCCGCAGUACGACUGCUUGUUCCUUGUCGAGAACGACGUCAUGCAAGAAAUGAGGUCACAGCACGGCUUUCAGUUUGACGGCGUGGCUGGCAAACUUCGACAGACGGAAAAGGGCGAGGCUGUAACAUUGCAUCCGCUUGGGCAAGGCGGGAGCCAGCCAGCAGCCGACCGAAACGGCCACUCUGAAAUAUACGUCGAACCCCCGCCUGUUGCAGGAUACGUGCUGGCCUACAUGCCGGUCGACUCGAUUGUAGAUCCUGUUGCAGAACCCUGCCCCGGGCUGAGGACUCUGGGCUUGCUGACCAAAAGACGAAACGCAACCAAAAGCUUGGUUGCGCUCCUGCAGCUCUGCUUCUCUGUUUUCGUCCUUGCUCGGGCCCGAGGGGACCAGGUCGCCUUGUAUGGCGUGGCGGCUUUUUCUCUCAGUGUCGCCCCCUACGCCGUCAUGGCUGCCGUCAACCUGCUUGCCAACGCGUUUGUCCCGCAGUACGACUGCUUGUUCCUUGUCGAGAACGACGUCAUGCAAGAAAUGAGGUCACAGCACGGCUUUCAGUUUGACGGCGUGGCUGGCAAACUUCGACAGACGGAAAAGGGCGAGGCUGUAACAUUGCAUCCGCCGGGCGAGGCGGACGAAGGCCUGAAGUCAAGUGGGUUUCUGGGAUUCCCGGAUUCCAGCAAGACGCGCGGCUGCGGGUGCUUACUCCGGACGAAGCCAUAUCGAACGGCGUCCUACCAGAUGUAUGCAUCACAAUCAGUGCAACCCAAGAGACUGAGCGCCUGGGUCGCCGGAGGGACAAGUACCUCCAAGUUACAAGGUACCCUGCAGUCCGGCAAUGCUUACGUGGCUUUCCUUUGCUGUGACUCGACAUCUAACAAAGAAUAG